GUGCUCGCUUCACUGACAGAUAUUCCAGGAAAGAAGAAGCAAUUUAAAAAUCUCGUUUCAGAAUGGUUUCGCAAUGGAUUGCUUAAAAGUAAGCUAUUAACUGGCUAGGCCACCUAAUUUCCUUUAAACAUUGGCGGGAGUAUUCAUUGAACAUUUAGAAGCAGGCAAAAGAUAGUAAAGUAGCAAGCUUUUAAACUUUAUCAUUGAAGUUUGCAAGAUUGUUCUAAAAUUGCUAGUGCUAAACAAUCCAAAAAUCAUGACUUCUGCAUACAAGAUUAGUGUUGACCAAAAUAUGGAACGCGAUCAUAGCAACCUUCAGAGUUCCAGCCUGCUGUGGAACAGCGAAGCCAUCGAGCAGUUGCGCCACCACUGGCAAGAGUAUAUUUCAGGCCUCAAAAUGACGCCCACUGAGUUGCAGCUGUCAAAGGCUCGAGCCGAUCGUGCACUCGAUUUGGCCAGGUGCAACCAGAAUAGGCGCUUGGGAGAGGCCUCACAGUCUUCGAAAUGUGAUCGCCCCUUGACUGAUCUUUAUAAUUCCCCAAGGACAACAUGCCGGAUGAAGAAAAUUCUCGACAAAGAAGUGCGACGAACCAGAAUAGAAGUGCCUGACGAUGAGAAUCACUACUAUCUUUGCCCUCAAUGUGGACUUGUCAAAGACUAUCGUCUAACGCACGAAAAACACGCUGAAAAGAUGCGCCAGCGGCUCAAACGGCUUGUGGCAAAACAUCCCAACCUGCAGCCAAGUUCCCAAACUUAUUUGUAAAUUCGCGAUGAUACAAUAAAUUUAGACACGAGGAUAUUUUAUUUGGCGAACACAA